AUGGGCACGGGUGAAAUUCAGGAGACCCCGCCUGGUGCCAUGGGGAGGCUGCGGGUGCCCAUCUCCCAGGGCGGGGCUCCCGGCGCAGCCCCCGGGCAGAGCUCCCGGCUCACCGGGCUGGGCUCCGGCAGGACCCGGCAGAGCCUCACCCGCGUUACCGGCGAGAGGAGCAGCCCGGGCUCGGUGCGGGGCGGCGGGGGCGGCUCCUCCGGCCGUGCCAGGCUCCGGGAGCCGGCGGGGCCGGGCGGGGAGGCGAUGGGCCGCGGGCUCGGGCCGCUGCUGCUGCUGCUCCUGCCGGUCCCGGUACAGAGCCUCAAAGGCGGUGCUGUGACUGUCCCAGAAACGCUGCUCUUCAUCUCCACACUGGAUGGGAACCUCCACGCAGUCAGCAAGAGCACAGGGGACAUCAAGUGGACCCUGAAGGAUGAUCCCAUUCUGCAGGUGCCGGUGUAUGUGGCAGAGCCAGCAUUCCUUCCAGACCCCAAUGAUGGCAGCCUGUAUAUCUUGGGAGGAAAGAACAAAGAAGGCUUGAUGAAGCUGCCGUUCACCAUCCCAGAGCUGGUGCAGUCGUCGCCGUGCCGCAGCUCGGACGGGGUGCUCUACACCGGGAAGAAGCAGGACACCUGGUUCAUUGUGGACCCCAAGUCGGGGGAGAAGCAGACCACCCUCUCGACAGAGGCCUGGGAUGGUCUGUGCCCAUCCAGCCCCUUGCUCUACAUCGGACGGACCCAGUACGUCAUCACCAUGUAUGACACCAAGUCACGGGAGCUGCGCUGGAAUGCCACCUUCUCUGAGUACUCAGCCCCGCUCUGCGAGGAGUCCUACCAGUACAAAAUGGCCCACUUGGCCUCAAGCGGGGACGGGCUGGUGGUGACCCUGGACAAGGAGAGCGGGGAGGUCCUGUGGGCACAGAACUACGGCUCACCUGUGGUCGGCAUCUACCUGUGGCACCAGGACAGCCUGCGCCGCCUCCCCCACCUCAACCUGGCCAUGGAGACCCUGCGCUAUCUGACCUUCCAGUCGCAGGACAUCCACGUCCUCAAGUGGAGCUACCAGUCCGUCAAGGACUUCGCUGCCACCAAGACCCAGCUGCUGCCAGCGCUCUACGUGGGAAAGCACGCGGCCAGUUUCUACGCCAUGACCUCCCUGGUGCACGGCAGUGUGGCACUGGUGCCCCAGGGCAUCACGCUGGCCAGGAUCGACGGCCCCACCACGGACGAUGUGACCAUGAGGGAGUCCGGCGAGUGCGAGAUCACGCCCAGCACCAACGUCAAGUACCCGCAGGGCAGCAUCACCUCACUGCACAACCAGUGGCUCCUCAUAGGGCACCAUGAGCUGCCUCCCGUGGUCCACACCACGAUGCUGCGAGCGUUCCCAGAGAACCUGAGGAAAACCACGGAAACCAUCAUCCCCAGGGCUCCUCCCAGCAGGACUGUGUUUGAUGAUUUCCUGGCCCCGAGCAGCCCAGAGGAGCCAGCUGUCCCCAGUGAGAGGCAGCUCCAGCCAGACCCCACGCCAGGGGAGCAGCUGGAGGUGUAUCCUGAAUCUGGCACCUGGGACUUGGUGAUGGCUGGAAUUGGCACAGCUCUGCUGGGCGGGGGAAUCCUGAUGCUGCUGCUCAUGAAACUGCAGCGGCAGCAUGCAGCACAGCAGCAGCAGCUGGAGGAGCAGAUACAGCUCCUGCAGCAGCAGCAGGAGAUGCUGCGCCCCGGCCGAGUCUCCAGGGAGGGCGUCCCUGAGGAGCCCAGGGAGCUGGAGCUGAGCCAGGGAAGUGCAGCAGAGCUCUCACAGAGCUCCAGCCCCUCAGCCUGCCUGAAGGACCCGGCUAAUGGCACACUCAGCCCAGAGCCAGCUGUCCCAGUGGCUGCUGAAGAUGCAGAAGCAGACCUGGUUGUAGUUGGGAAAGUUUCUUUUAACCCCAAAGACGUGCUGGGCCAUGGAGCUGGAGGAACCUUUGUCUUCAGGGGGCAGUUUGAGGGCCGGAACGUGGCCGUGAAGCGUCUCCUGCCGCAGUGUGUGCACCUGCUGGACCGUGAGGUGCAGCUGCUCCGCGAGUCGGACGAGCACCCGCACGUCGUGCGCUACUUCUGCACCGAGAGGGACCGGCAGUUCCACUACAUCGCCAUCGAGCUGUGCUCUGCCACGCUGCAGGAGUACGUGGAGAGCCCCAGCUUUGACCGCCGUGGGCUGGACCCAGUGUCCGUGCUGCGUCAGACCAUGUCCGGGCUGGCCCACCUGCACUCCCUCAGCAUCGUGCACCGUGACCUGAAGCCCUGUAACAUCCUCAUCUCUGUCCCAAAUCGCCAUGGGCAGAUCCGUGCCGUCAUCUCCGACUUUGGCCUCUGCAAGAAGCUUCAGGGGGGACGACAGAGCUUCAGCCUGCGCUCCGGGAUCCCCGGCACCGAGGGCUGGAUCGCGCCCGAGGUGCUGCAGGAGGCCCCGAAGGAGAACCCUACCAGUGCUGUGGACAUCUUCUCAGCUGGCUGUGUCUUCUACUACGUGGUGUCGGGGGGACAGCACCCCUUUGGGGACAGCCUGCGGCGCCAGGCCAACAUCCUGGCGGGCUCCUACCAGCUGAGUUGCCUGCAGGAGGAGGCUCAUGACAAGCUCGUUGCAAGGGAGCUGAUUGUGGCCAUGAUCAGCUCCGAGCCCCAGCGCCGGCCCUCGGCCCCUGUGGUCCUUGUCCAUCCCUUUUUCUGGAGUCAGGAGAAGCAGCUGCAGUUCUUCCAGGACGUCAGUGACCGUGUGGAGAAGGAGCCAGCUGAGGGGCCCAUCGUCUCAGCCCUGGAGUCGGGGGGACGGGCUGUGGUGAGGACCAACUGGAGGAUGCACAUCUCCCUCCCACUGCAGAUGGACCUGAGGAAGUUCCGCACCUACAAGGGGGGGUCAGUGCGUGACCUGCUGCGGGCCAUGAGGAACAAGAAGCACCACUACCACGAGCUGCCGGCCGAUGUCCGGGUGGCCCUGGGCUCGGUCCCCGAGGGCUUUGUGCAGUACUUCACCUCCCGCUUCCCCCGGCUGCUGCUGCACACGCACGGGGCCAUGCGGCUCUGUGCCCACGAGCGCAUCUUCCACUCCUACUACUGCCAGGGCCUGAGGGGCGACGGCGCCUGAGCGGCCACGGUCCUGCCCGGAGGGCACCGGUCCUGCCAGGAGGGCACCAUGGCUGCCCCAGGCCCUGUCUCGGUGUCCUAACAUGGAUCCUGCCAGGAGGGCACCAUGGCUGGCCCAGGCCCUGUCUCGGUGUCCUAACAUGGAUCCUGCCAGGAGGGCACCAUGGCUGGCCCGGGCCCUGUCUCGGUGUCCUGCCAUGGAUCCUGCCACGAGGGCACCAUGGCCGCCCUGGGCCCUGUCUCAGUGUCCUAACAUGGAUCCUGCCACGAGGGCACCAUGGCUGCCCCGGGCCCUGUCUCGGUGUCCUUCUGCCAGGGCCAGGUGGGGCACCAGGAGCACAGGGUGGCACCUGCGCCUUCCUGAGGGACCCUCAGGGCAGCCACCUUUGCAAACACUCGCAGUCAGACUCAGGUGUGGAGUGUUUGGGUCAGAAAAAGACGCCAUCUCAGGUGGACACAGUGCUUGGAGAAGAAAGAGGAAAACACGUUGUGUUUUCCCAGGGACAGCCAAAGCCCUGGCACAGCCAUGCCCUCAAGCUGGCAUCAGUCCUGGAGGGACAUUCACCAGGGACAGGAAGCAUUGUCCUGGGUUCUGUCCUGUGCCAGGGGCCUGGGGAUGCAGCUCCUUGAGCUGGGACCAGGCCUAGGGCCCCAGUCUUGGUUCUGGAGCUGCCCCCUCAGCCCCAGGCUGGGCUGUGCUCAGCCAGGCCAGGUCCAGCAGCCUCCAUGGGACUGGCACCUGCCCAUGGCAGCCAGGCUGUGAGGGCACAGCUCCCUCAGUGACGCUGUGAAUCUCAGCUGGGCGCACAAGGGCUGCUCCCUUCAGCUCCUGUACCUCUGCCAGGCCUGAGCCCCUGAGCAGGUGGCACAGCAGUGCCGGACGCUGGCUCUGGGCACAAAGGAGGAAAUUCCUUUCUGCUGGGAUCCUUCCCUCAAAGCUCUCCCAGCCUCUCCUGCUGCCCAGGGCUGGUGUUCCAUGGAGUCUCUGGUCUCCCCAUGGCCAUGUGUGGCCUGCAAGCCAGGCCCCAGCACCAGCUGAGCCCAGGGGCACAAGGAGCCCCACAGCAAAGUGCCUCUGGGGAAUAACAAUGAUUUUGUACAGUCUGAUUCCUGUGGGGUGUGGGAUUUUGUUAUGCAGGGACCAGGGUUUGUACUAGG